CACACGCAGCUUCAUCACAGCCUUUCUGCGUGAACGCACCAGUCGAGCCGUGAUGAAGUUCGCUCGCGCCGGAUUCGUUUUGCUCAUCUUUCUGUCCGUCGGACGCUCCGCUCCUGUGACCGUCUGCGAGAGCCUGACCCAAACUCUUCAGAUCAGGAGAGACGACCUGCUGGGGAAAUGGUUUCUAAUAGCAGAAAGCACCAACAUCAUGGGAUAUCAGCUGCUGACGAACGAGCUUGUGGACAACUCCUGGGCAAAUUUUGUCGCAGAAAGCGAGGAUGACGGUCUGAAGGCUCACAUCCACUUGAAAAUGUUGGGCAGCUGCUUCUCUGCGUCUCUUUUUUACUCCUUGGUAAACAACUCCAUCACUAUGGAGAGACCCUAUCAUUCUACCGGUGUGAUGCUCAACACCGGCUGCCCCGACUGCCUUGUGUUUUCUUUUAAAUUCACCUUUGGGAGAAACUCUCACGCUGGUGUCCAGCUCCUGAGCCGGAGGAGCGAAGUGACCGCGGAUCAGCUUCAAGAGUUUAAACAGCAGGUGGAGUGUCUGAGCCUGCCAUCGCCUGCUGUCCUGGACGCCAAGAAAGGCUUUUGCCCUGACAAGUCUGAGGCCCAUGAGACCAAGAUCACUGACUUAACUGAUGCCAUGAACAACAUGGGAUCUAAUGCCACGGAGACGCUCAGCAGCUACUUUAACAGUCAAAGCGGAUUGAUGUCACUCAUCGACCUGAUCAGGAGCCGCGUCGCUGCAUUACAAGAACAGUGACGUGGUCAAACCUGGAACGGCACGCUUAAAGAAUGAAGAUGGAAAGCCGCUGAAAUCACAUUUCUGCCAUUGAAAUUAAGAUGACAAUUAAGAAGACAAUAAAAUGAACGAUUCUGUGUAGCAUUGUUGAUAUUCUGUGCUCAGUUCUUAGGCAAUAAUAUCUUUUGAAUUUACUGGCAUUCAGUCAUUUCUGUCUCCCCGUACCCAUUCCUUCAGGGUACAUUCAAAUUUCAAAAUCCAGCAAAACCACAGAUUGUUAUUGUGAUUGUAAUAAUUCUGCACAGGAGAAAGAAUGUGACUGGUGCUAAGCUGCUAGAAUUUAAGAAACAGGCAAAUUGUGUGAAAAGUAAAAAGUAAACCCUGUUGAAGAAAUAUGAAAUGAAUGUUUUUAGAUUAUUUAGAAACUUUAAAUAUUAAAUAUACAACAUAGA